AUCAUCCUGUGGGGUCGCACUGAGAAAUGCCUGAAGGAGACCACGGAGGAGAUCAGGCUGAUGGGGACAGAGUGCCACUACUUCGUGUGUGACGUGGGCAAUCGGGAGGAGGUGUACCGGCAGGCCAAGGCCGUGCGCGAGAAGGUGGGUGAUAUCACUAUCCUGGUGAACAACGCUGCCGUGGUCCAUGGUAAGAGCCUGAUGGACAGUGAUGAUGAUGCACUGCUGAAAUCCCAACAUAUAAACACCCUGGGACAGUUCUGGACCACCAAAGGAUUCCUGCCAAGGAUGCUGGAGCUGCAGAAUGGACACAUUGUUUGCCUGAACUCUGUGCUGGCCUUGUCAGCCAUCCCGGGUGCCAUUGACUACUGCACCUCCAAAGCCUCCUCCUUUGCCUUUAUGGAGAGCCUGACCCUGGGGCUGCUGGACUGCCCGGGGGUGAAUGCCACCACAGUCCUGCCCUUCCACACCAGCACCGAGAUGUUUCAGGGCAUGAGAAUCAGGUUCCCUAAUAUUUUUCCUCCUCUCAAGCCAGAGACAGUGGCUAGGAGGACAGUAGAAGCUGUUCAGAUGAAUCAAGCCUUCCUGCUCCUUCCAUGGACAAUGCAUGUUCUUGUCAUCCUAAAAAGCAUUCUCCCUCAGGCAGCACUUGAAGAAAUCCACAAGUUUUCUGGGAGCUACACCUGCAUGAACACUUUCAAAGGACGAACAUAGACUCGGUGGCACAAGGACUAUUCUUCAGUGAGACCAACACAAGCAUGAAAACCCUGACAGGACUGUGAAUCAGCAGGCUUGGCUUUUAGCCUGUUCAUGUGACUUGUGCUGCUCUGAGGCAACACAUUUCUUGCAGGUCAUAUCCAUAGUAACACGACCUUUGCACAGGAUUGAGUGACUAGACUAUGGACCCUUGGAAAGGAAAACAGAAAGUGUGAAAUGUUUAUGCCAUGUUUAAUUCUGUAGAGUUCCAUUGUUAAAUCUGCUCAUAGCUGUAAGAUGUCACUUUUGUUUCUCGAGUGUCUGUAGGCUGCCUCAGCUGGGAGGCAGCACAUCACACCCCAUACCUACUUUAUCCCCUCUCUUCAGAGAAACUGCAAUUACAAACUGCUACUGGUUUCAUUUCCGCUGGUUUUUGAUAGGGGAACUUAAAAAAUACUUUGAAGAACUAGAAGUUGCAGACAUUUAAGAGAAACUUCCUUCCCUUUAUUUACAUCCCCUGAUGAAGCUGUUCCCAGCUCACAUCAGGGAAGGGGCAAACUGUGGAGCAGUGUUUUCCUUGUGAAAGGCCACCCAGGACUUCUGUCUGGAAGGACUGUGCUGGGCCCAGGAAGGCUGUCUGACUUCACCUGUGAAGGCUGGAGAGGAACCCCCAGUCAGAAUCCCCAGUCAGAAGACCAGGCAGUUUGAAUAGUGGGAGAUUCUUUCUGUCACUGAACUGAUAAAUGAAAUCUAAUUGCCUUUCUAAAUAUUUUUGUUCAUUUAUGAUGAAAUAUAUAUAUAUAUUUUUAGCAUUAAUCCCAGAUUGCCACGCACGUAGGCAGCAUCACAUUGAGGAUGAACUAAAUGUAGAACUAAAACUAGAGCCUGCUUGUACAAACAUGCAUUCACUGACAUAAUCCAUGCAGAGGAAAAUCCAUUGUAUCAAUCUGCACAGUGGAGUAAGUGGAAUAGCACUCUAAAAAUAGAAGAGACAGUUCUGUAGUGCUCAUGAAAUGUGGAGUUUGGAAGCACAGUUAGCAAAGACCUGAUUAAAUGCACGUUGAAU